AUGGCAGUGUUCAAAUGCGUUGGGCUUCUGGCCAGCGGACUGUUAUGUGCAGCAGCUCCGCAACCUCAGAUCGCAGUCCGGCACGAGUCGACCAUCAGUGUCGCUGAUGAAGCCCCCUCCACGGCYGCCGUUCCUCUCAAUCACUUCAUGUCCUACUCGAUCGAGUUCUCGUCAUUCCCGGACUUUGCGGGCAACAUCUCCCACCCCAACACCUUCUCUGACAAUCUUCUCAACAAUCUCGCCUCCUUCGCCGGCACCAAACCGAUCAUCCGCGUUGGGGGCAACACUCAGGACUUUGCAGUCUUCAACGCCACCCAGACCGAAGCGUUUAUCGGCAGCUUCAAUCCGAUCCUCUCGGAGGAUUAUCCAACAACCAUCUCCUUCGGACCGGCCUACUUCGAGUCAUACAAUACAUGGCCUGACGUUCAAUUCGUCCACGGCUUCAACCUCGGAGGGAACAGCACAUCAGAAAGACAGGCAUUGAUCGAAUCUGUUCCAUAUGCGUGUAAGGCGCUCUCUACUGGAAAUCUACUGCAUUGGGAGCUCGGUAACGAGCCUGAUCUAUUCAAUUCGACCAAUGCUGCUUUUGCCAAGAGGCCAGCGACCUGGGGUAACGAGGAAUAUGUCGAUGAAUGGCGCAACUGGACCAGUGCAAUUGAUUGUGCCUUGCGAGAGGCGUGCCCCGAGCUUCCCAUCUCCUACUACGCGCCUUCUUUUGCUGGAUAUAGCAAUGGACUUGAUGGCGUGAAAGUUUGGGAGCUGGGAAUAAAUUCUGACAAAGACAUUGCCUUCAUGAGCUCUCACAACUAUGUCAGCGGCGCACCAGUGCCGGGCGUUACUCUGCAGGGAACGCUGAUGAACCACACAUCCAGCGUUGUCUCCAUCAACAAGCAGCUUGAUAUUGCCAGACAGCUCGCCAAUCUUCCCGAGGAGAUGAAUGCCGACCUUCCAUUUAUCCUCGGUGAACACAAUUCGUUGUACCGACAGGGCCGGCCCGGUCUCUCCAACACAUUCGGUGCUACGCUCUGGGGCGUCGAUUUCAACCUGUACUGUGCUGCAAGUAACAUUCGGCGUGUGCAUAUGCACAUGGGUACAAACUACCGCUAUCAAUCCUGGCAGCCCAUCUCCACAGACAAAGACUCCAUUGGCACCAAAGCACCGUACUACGGCAACGUAGCUGUUGCAGCCUUCAUCGGCGAUGUUGAAGCAGCGCCCCCAAGCAUUGUGAACAUUCCCCUGGCGGAUGAGAAGGAAGCCGCAUAUGCGUCGUACGUUGAUGGCAAGCUGGCAAAAAUCAUUGUCAUCAACAUGAUGGCUUACAAUGCUACGGAUUAUAACAAAGAGUUCAUCACCGGCUUUCCAAGGCCGGUUGUGGACUACUCGUUCCAACUUGGGAGUGCGCUGGCAGGGAAGACGGCUUCUCUACAGCGUCUCAAUGCCAAUGGAAGUGAUGCCAUCUCAGGAGUGACAUUCGAUGGGUACAGCUAUAACUUUGAGCUGGACGAGGGCAAGCCAGUGCUGCUGCAGAAUGUUACGCGAGGAGAACAAGUCUGCGCGGACGGCAAUGGGCUGGUGAGUGUUAGUGUGCCGUGGAGCAGUGCGGUGAUCUUGGAGCUGGAUUAG